UCGGCAAUAUCUGAACAUUUUCAAUUAUACAUCUCGUCGCAACUUAUUCAAGUUGAGGCUCCAGAUUUUUUUAUUUUACGAAAUUCAAAGAAGUCAUUUACUUAAUUUUCGAAAUGAAAUUAUCGUCUUGUUUUUUUAUGUUGUGCACAUUUGUGUGUGCCACCGAAAUUACAGCACAACGCACACCCAAGCCUGAUUUAACGGUUCGCUCGGGCGAUGUUCAAUUGAAAAAGUUUCCAGCAGGCACCAGAUUCUAUAAAUCUCGUCCCUUAUAUCCAAAACAGUCAAAAAUGACUAAAUAUAUGAUGCAUCGGGUAAGAGUAAAUGACUGGUCUGGUCAAUAUUUUGCCCUUAGCCAGUCAGUUACGUAUCUUUAUGCAAAGGAUUAUUUGACGGGUGAAAAAGGCGGAGUUUACUUGAAAACUUAUGAACUUAAAAAUGAUUUUGAAGUGCUACUCAUUAAAAAUAAGCAAUUUGCCGAUGGUUAUUAUAAUCAACACAUCAAAGCAGACAAACUAAAAGGUUUUUUCAAAGAGCAUGGCUUGGGAUACAUUCAAGAUAACGGAAAUAUUCCAGAUUCUCAGCUCACCACAAUAUCUCUAGAUUUGAAAUAUUAUUUUAAGAAUCUAAAUGUACCAUUGGUUUCGACGCUUAAUAAUCUCGGUUUCGCUCUUGAAUGUCCGCAUGACAAUAAGAAUAAUGAAAUCAUUCUUCCGCCCAACAUGAAAUGGGAAAAUAUUUUGCGAGAAGUUCAAAGCAAAGUGUUGGUAUAUGGAUUGCAUCCAGUAGCUGAUCCGGACGCAUUUCAAGAAUUUGAUAAUAUCGAUGCCGUAGUACCACCGUAUAAGAAACUUAUUGACGAACAAAAAAGAAUAAUAGACGCCGAAAGACAAGAUAGUGCAGAUAUAAUUGUAUACUAAACUCUUCCACAAACUAUAAACAUUCUGAAUAAAACUUCAGAAAUUCCUAUAUUCGUUGUGGUAAUAUAAUGUUAGCAGUAAUCAUACUUGACGUUACUGCUUAGUAUGAAAGUAGUUUAUUUGAAAA